AUGAAGUUUGGAAAGUACUUGGCCUCGCGCCAGCUUGAGCUCCCGGAGUACUCGGGCUACUUUAUCGACUAUAAGGCGUUGAAGAAGCUCAUCAAGCAAUUGGGAGGAGGCGUCGAUGUGAGUACUACCGAGCCAAACAGCCAGUUCCAGAUCCAGCAGAAGCUCAAAGACAACAAGGCCAGUUUCUUCUUCAGGGUGGAAAGAGAAUUGGAUAAGGUAAACUCGUUCUACUUGGAGAAACAAGCCAAUAUGGCCAUCAACUUGGACUUGUUAGUUAUGAAGAAAGAAGAACUCUUGACCAAAUCGUCAGAUAUGGCGCUGGACCCGCUGGUGAACGCUCUGUCGCUCAAUUUCAAAAACUCGAUCUUGUUUCUCAAUUUGUAUCAGAAUUUUAAAAAGAUCCAUCAGGACUUGCUCCGAUUGCAGCAGUUCAUCGAGUUAAAUGAGGCUGGGUUCCUGAAAGUCGUGAAGAAGUGGGAUAAGCGGUCCAAGUCUCACACAAAAGAGCUCUUUUUGCAAACGGCCGUGAGCGUGCAGCCCGUGUUUCACAAAAACGAGAUCAACGAGCUUUCUGACCUAGUGAUCCAGUCCCUCUUCGACCUCGAGUCGAUCAUGGACGGCGACUAUUCUGUGUUGGAGAACUACAGAGGUCGAAGGCUGGUCCUGGCGCCCCUGAAUUACUCAGAAAUUCUUGCCAGACACAGUUCGAUCUCAGGUAUCGACCAGCAGGACAUGAGUGACCAGGAUAAAUCGACGUUCCCUGGUAGUUAUCCCAAUACUCGUCAUUCGUCCUUUACGGGCUUUCAACAUUCUCAGAUUGAUGAUCUAUACUCCAGUUUUGUCAAUGUGGCUACUCUCAAAGAUACGGAUGAGUCCGUCCUCAACAGGUGGAUCGAGAAAGUAAAGUCAUCCUCAAAAGGGUCUCAGAACGAAGCUGCAUCCAAGUAUCUCUUUUCAAAAAUCUUCUUGCUUGCUAUCAGCAACCUUAAGAUUUCAGAUGCAUUCUUGAAGACAUUCCUUGAGCUCAUCGAUUAUCAAAUCGACUUCGAAGUGAGCUCUGAGGACUUCAACAGCAACAAGUCUAUCAUCCACGAAUGUGUUUCAUUACAGCCGGCUUCAACCUCAGAGGAACACCAGCAUGUCAGUAUAAAUAACGGUGUCAAGGUUAUCACAUCAGUCGAUAACAUUGACCAUUCAAGGGUUUUCGUUAUCGACUUCAUUAUCAACAACCUCUCCCAAGAUGCAUUGAGUGGCCUCCUAAUUCGAAAGGAUAUGAAUGGUCGAACAUGUCUCCAUUACGCCUCGCAAAACAAUUGCCUCGAGCUUCUCACACUCAUUUUACCGCAUUUCCCAAAAGAUCAUCUUGAUGAUCUUGACAAUGAUUCCAUGUCAGCGUUACUUUUGGCGAUCAAGCAUAAUAACUUUGAUAUCAUCAAGCUUCUCGUCCAGCAUGGCAGUAACAGAUACCCUGUUACCAACGAGUCGAAGCUUCAGUACCUCCCAGUCAACUACGCCUGUAAGUUUGGCGACUACAAGACAGUCGAGUACUUAUUGCGCUAUGCAGACACGAGCCCAGAAAUGAUCAAUCAGCCUGAUGUUGAGGGCCUAUUUCCAUUGCAUGUUAUUGCCCGCUCUGGCAAUUACUCCCUCAUAAAGCUCCUCACCGAAUUUGGUGCUAGUGUCAAUCAGCUCGACGGUCUCAACAAGUGGCCGCCACUUUUUUACGCUGCAUCAGAGGGCAACAUAAAAACGACCGAGGAAUUGAUCAAAUUCGGUGCCAAAUUAGACAUUGUUGACGAAGACGGCUACAAUGUGCUAUACUACUGUGUCAUCGAAGGACAUAUCGGUGUUCUCAACCAUAUUCUUUCGUACAGAAAGGAGAUAUCCAAGAGCGAGAGAGCGUCUCUGGCUGACGUCACGAUGGACUCCAUAGCAGAGAGCUCACUCCCACGACAAUCCAAAAAUAAGGAAAGUUCGGGAUCAAUUCUUGACGAAGAAGAAGACUCUGAGGACAGCGGCGACAUCGAAAAAAACGUGGACCUGAUUCCGCACUUAGAGCUUCCUCCUCCCAUUCUCCCACUCCGGAGGUACGGCCAUAACUUCUUGGAGCAAAAGGUGUUGAUUGAGUUGAUUUUUUCCAACGAGAAGGGUUCAAUUAAUCUAUUUAAUUCUGGAACAGGACUUCAGCCUGGACGCAUCACUAUAACAUCUAAUAUUUCCGAUAUCGUUCCAAGAAACAUCUUACUUCCUAACAAUGGCGGCGAGAAGGAGACUACAAGCUGCAUAUUCCAAACUGAAGUUGACUCAUUGAGUGAAUUCAGAGUUGACUUCGAGAUCUUUCCUAAGUUUGGUACUCGUCUCAUCGCUAAGACCACUGCUUUGAAUUUGAGACAGUUGGAUACUUCCUCCCUUGAGGUCAAUUCGACUCUGUUACCUCUUUUCGACUUGCGCUUGAGGAAUAUAGGUGAGCUUAAAUUUAACUACCAGGUGAUCUUUCCAUUCGCUGGGACGUUGCUCGAGACGACCAAGUACGAUACCUAUUGGAAGUCAUCAACAAAUUUUGUUAAAAACAAGCCGACAAAUAAGCUUAACGGGCAAGGGUUGUCUCCAAACAAUUUCCUCUCGCCAUCUAAUAUUAGUAACUCCACUGGUGAAGCGAAGAAUGGCAACGGAGGUGUUGGAAAUCAAGUUACUCUGGCUACUCCUCCAGGGGCUAAAUCGAACUCCUCGUUCGUUACCGCAACCUCAUUAUCUGGUGAUUACUUAAGGAUCAAGGUUUGCCUUCUCAACGAUGGCUCUCCGUUUGUGUGUCCCCAUUGGUCUAUUUCGGUGGCGGAUAAUGUGGAACUUCUUCUUCCCAACUUGACGGCUGAACAAUUAACGUCGAUUGCCUCAAGCCUUUUCGAUUAUGAGAAGAUAAUUGCUGAUCUUUCGAAAAUGACGGUAAAAGACAUUGUACUUAUAAAAAAGCUCUUGAGGAUCAUAUACCUUCCUCUUGACACUUUCUUGAACAUACUCAAUCCCGAGAUCAGAUGCAGCAUUGAACUCGUGUUCCCAUCUCUAUAUGAGCUUGACCGAAUCCCCUUUUCCGGCAAUAUUCAGGUUAACUUGAACAAAUUUAUUGAUCUCACACUCAACAGUGUUUUUAAUCACAUCCGGGCAUUGAAAGUAAAAUCGAAAAAUGGGGCCAGUCGCUCCUUAAUAUUCUUGUCAUCCAAUUCUAUUGUCUGCAAGAUUUUGAAUUGGAAGCAGCCGAACUUCCCGGUGUUUUUAAUCAUGAACGGUAUCAUAUUUAACAAUGCAACCGGUCUCUUUGAGGCACACUCUGCGAAUGGAUUACCAAUGGAGGAACUAGGAUGCACCAAAGAUAAUGACAAACAUGAUUGCAAGGGAGUCGAUCUACUCCACAAACAAGGUAGCAAAGAGAGACAACUUAACGCCAACGACCAAGAGCUCACUGUGAGAUCCAUAAAGGAUGCCGUUAACUUCACUAUUGACAAUAAUUUGAUCGGUGUCAUCACCUCCAUCCACUUACUUGACUUGGUGCCUAAGCUCAUUCCCUUGAUAAGAUCUAGAGGGUUGGUAUUAGUGGCGUCCAACGAUAUCAUGGACCCCGACAACAACCCCGAUACGCUAUCUAAAGAGUUGGAUAUCUACAGCAGGACUGAAAUCAAUGGAUUGAGAUUCGAUGAUGUGCUCAGUUUUAAGGAUGAACCAGGUACAAUGUAA